GUUUUUUUUGUUUUUUCUGUCUCUCAUUUCAAGAGUUUUGGGGAAGCAGAGAGAGGAGAGCGAGGCGAGGGCAGAGCCGGCACUCACUGACUCCUCCGGCUGCAUCCCGGCCGCGCUCCCGCCCUUUCCCGGCAUUCCAGCAGGAUGAGAGCGGCGGAGCUCCUGGUGCUGUGUCUGCCAGCGCUCCUGGUGCAGGGACAGUUCAGCCGCUUCGAGGGCAUCACCUACCCCGAGCCAGUGCAGUACUCCCAGUACGACCAGCAGGCAGAAAUUCAGGAUUACUACGACUACCACGAUGUCACCCCCCGAGCCCCGGAGGAGCAGUUCCGGUACCAAUCCCAGCAGCAAUCCCAGCAGGAAACGGUGCCAGCCCCGACCCCAGCUGCGGUGCCCGAGACGGAGCCCACGGAGCCGGGACCGCUCGACUGCCGGGAGGAGCAGUACCCCUGCACCCGGCUCUACUCCGUGCACAAGCCCUGCAAGCAGUGCCUGAACGAGAUCUGCUUCUACAGCCUCCGCCGGGUUUAUGUCAUCAACAAGGAGAUCUGCGUCCGCACCGUGUGCGCCCACGAGGAGCUGCUGCGAGCCGACCUGUGCCGGGACAAGUUCUCCAAGUGCGGGGUGAUGGCCACGAGCGGCCUGUGCCAGACCGUGGGCGCGUCGUGCGCCCGCAGCUGCGGCGGCUGCUGAGCCCCGGCCCCGCUCCGGCCCCGGCCCCGCUCCGGACCCGCCCCGCGCCGCCGCAGCCCCCGUGCAUGCCCGAG